AUGAUGGAAUUGGAAAUUGAUGUUUCUCAGAGUAUUUCUUCUGCAGACAACUCCACUAUUAAACAAGAAUUCAGCGAAGAACUUGGCAACGAAAAUGGAGACAUAUCUAUUGAAUCUGAUGUACUUCAAGACCUGAAAUUUGAAAUUGACUAUGAAUCUGACCCUUCCAAAACGGACCACAAGGAUGAAAUUUUCGUCUGUAACUUAUGUGGGGAAUUCUUGCAUUCCCAAAAAGCGUUAGGUGAUCACGAACUACAAUGUAAAAUUGAAUGUAAAUCUGUCCCAUUAAAAAGGGACCCUCAAGAAGAAAUUGUAUGUGAAUUAGGUGGAAAAUUCCUUUCCUCCAAAAGGAAAUUAGGCCAUAAACUGGAAUAUCAUGAAAACAAUACGAAAGAUUUCCAAAUCAAAGAUGAAAUGUUCUUGUGUGAAGUGUGUCAAGAAAUUUUCAGAAGUGAAGAGGACUUGGAAGACCAUAAGUUGUCUCAUCUAGAAGCAGAAUCUGAAGGAGAUGCAGAUGAAGCAGAAAAUGCUUAUGUCUGUUCAGUUUGUAAUGAGGUGUUUGAUAAUAAGAAAGACCUUGUAGAACACAAAAAUAGUAUAUUGGAAUGUUAUGAGCACAGGAAAUGUGACAAAUGUGAAGAUGGAUCUGCACAGGAAUUUUCAUGCAUUUGGGAGCUGAUAGACCAUGUCAAGGACAAGCAUGGACUAAAUGUUGGAGAUACGUUAUGUAUUCCGUGGGGAAUAGGACGUUCCUUUUCACUGGUAGGAAAUUCAACAUCAGAAGCGAGUGGUUCACCUUGCCCGGUCUCCAAAAGUGCUAUUCUGGAUAUAGUUGAAAAAAAAGGAGACAUAGUUCAGUUUCUCUUAGUAAAUAAUUUCAGCGCUUUUUCGGAAGAUCUGAAAUGUUUGGUAAAAUCGAUCACUAUAUAUAGUUGGUUAACUGGGAGCGAGACUGAAAAUGCGUUAUUUUGCUGGUGCUGUUCAUUAUUUAUACAGGGUCAUCAAACCUAUACUUGGAGGAGGCUAGGUUGCACAAAUUUGGAAAAUCUAUCGAGGUCUUUGAUGUCACAUAGCAUUUCCAAGGAACAUAUUUACUCUGAAUUGAAAUUCAAAAUGUUCGAUAAAACAGUCGUCUCCGAUGCACAAUAUCUCAGCUCACCCGAGUCUAUUGAUAUGAAUGAUGAAAAUGUUGCUCAAAAUAGGGAUGUUUAUAACCGUUUUAUCGAUGCCGUUAUAUUAUGUGCUUCUCAAGAACCGGCGCCUAAUCAAAUCAACUGUGAAGAGAUGUUGAAAGUAAUGGCCAAAUACGAUACGAAAUUGAAAGAUUUCUUCGAAACACAGAAAGAAGCAUUUUCCGAAGAAAUACAGAACGAUUUAUUGAGUUCGGUUUGCCACGUCGUCAGGCGUCACAUAGAAGAAGAAGUUUCAAAUGCUGUUUGUUUUUCCUGGCAAGUGGACAAAACGACGACCAUCCCCACUCGUUCAUCACAAUUAUCCAUAAUUUUCAGAUAUUGCUUGAAAGGUGUCCCUGUGGCGCGUUUCAUCGAAUUUUUGGACGUUGGUUUUUCAACAAAGGCCGAGAAGGUAUCCCAGCUGUUGACCCAGCGAUACGAAAAAUUCAAUUUGUGGUAUAAGUUGGUGGGGCAAACGUACGACGGGGCUACGGUGGGGCCCGAGGAAUUGAAGGGGCUUCAGACUAGAGUUGAAGUGGUGGCCCCUAUGGCCGUGUUCACCCAUUGUUACGCCCAUAACUUGAAUUCGGUGCUAUGGGACGCGUGUACGCCGAUCAGGGACUGCGCGAAUUUUUUCGAAGAUUUGCGAGGCUUUUCUGAUUUUCUUUCGAAAUGUCCAGAGCACGCGAGAAUUUUUGAUAAUUUAUGUUGUCCUGAUUCUCAGACUAAUCCGGAUUUCGAGUACAGGAUCGUGUUUUCCGUGAAGAAUAAAAGGGAAGAUUUGUUGUGUGCUAUUCAUUUCAUUGAUGAUCAGGAUGUGCAAACAAAGUAUGCGACUAAAGAUUUAGAGGACCGUUUGAACGAUUUCAACUUUUUAUUUCACUUGAAUACCUUCGAGUCGAUAUUCUUGAUAACGGAAUUUGAAUAUUCUGUGAUACAAAAUAAAAACACUAAUAUUGUCUUGAGCAACACAAGAAUUCAUCAUAUACUUUCUACUUUGAAGUCAUAUAGAAGUAGGGAAAAGUAUUUCAGAAGUAUUUAUGAUGAGGCUAAACAACAGCUUGGCCUGCUUGGCCCACCUCAGAAGAAAAAUAAAAAUGAACAAGAUUUCGCUCAUUUCCGAAGGGUAUUUAAUGAAAUAUUAGAUACUUGUAUAACGCAAAUUGAAGUGCGGUUUAACGAUUUGAAGAGCCUUACAUUUUUUGAUCUUUUGAAUCGGGACAAGUUUGCCCAAUAUAAAAAGUCGUUUCCCAAGUUUGUAUUUGAAGCUCUACUCAAGGUCUAUCCACAUGUCUUUGAUAGGAAUAAGUUAGAGAACGAGUUGAGUAUCGUUUACAAAGAUGAUGAUUUUUAUGGAGAUUCUAUCAGUAAUUUAGCCGAAAUGUCAAAGUUCUUAUUCAUUAACUCCAUUGAUGAUACGCUGUCAGAGAUAUCAAAGUUAUUUUCUAUUAUACUUUCUCUGCCGCCAUCAUCGACUGAAAGAGGUUUUUCAACGUUCGAAAGAAUGAAAACAUUUGCAAGAAAUAGUACUUCAAAAAUGAGAUUGAGCGAUUUUGCUUUGGCGUCAAUUGAAAAACCUCUCAUUCAACAAUUACAAAAUGAUGCAAGUUUUUACGAUAAAAUUAUCGACCAUUUCGCAGAAACCAAAAUUAGGAAGAUUGAUCUAAUUUACACAAGUGUAUGA